CUUAGUGCGAAUAUAAAUCCUUCAAGAAAAGAUUGCUAAAAUAUGAAUUCACAUAAAAAUCGUGACUUGGAAUUAGCAUUAAAUUUACAUGACGAAUUUAACAUUGUUGGUAUAACAGAAAAUGCAAUUAUUCCGAAAGAUAAAAAUAAUAAACAUUACAAACCAAAAACGUUAGUUGAUCAAACAUUAGAAAUAAUAGAUCCAACCCCUAAUAUUUAUACAUUAUUUAUGCAAUUUAAUUCACGUUUUUUCUGGAAUGUUUUAUUAUCUGUUGAGGUUAAAUGGAGCAAUAGAAUGACAAGCUGUGCAGGAGUAUGUUCUUAUCACCCACGAAAUAAAGAAUGUAUAAUUUCUCUUAGUGUUCCAUUACUUAAACUAAGGCCAAGAAAAGACCUUGUCGAAACAUUAUUGCAUGAAAUGAUUCAUGGUUAUUUAUUUUUAACUAACAAUAAUCGCGAUAGAGAUGGACAUGGACCGGAAUUUUGCAAACAUAUGCGUAGAAUAAAUAAAGAGGCAGGAACGAACAUAACGAUAUAUCAUACUUUUCAUGAUGAAGUUAAAUUGUAUCAACAACAUUGGUGGAGGUGCAAUGGUCCUUGUUAUAAAAGGCCUCCAUAUUUUGGAACUGUACGUAGAGCUAUGAACCGUGCACCAGGCCCAUCAGAUUUUUGGUGGAGAGAACAUCAACAAAGUUGUGGUGGACAGUUCAUAAAAAUCAAGGAGCCAGAAAAUUUUAAAACUAGAAAUACAAAGAAUAAUCAAAAAUCGAAAAUGAUAUCCAAAAAUACUCAAAAGGAAAAUAGUCUAACUGAUUGGCUAAAAAAUAGUAAUAGUCCACAAGAUAAAUUUAACAAUAUAUCUAGAUCAAAAAUUAUACCUAUAUCAAAAAUUUCUAACACAGAAAAUGAAAAGAUCAAUAUUUAUACCAGUACUCCUCUUAAUAAAAAAAUAAAUAAUGAACUGUUAGAUAGCAAUCUAAAGAAACUUGGUAAUAAUACAAAUAAUGUUCAUGGAUGGGGUGUAGGAGGACCAAACAGUUCAUCUGCUUCUAAAGUAAUUAACAAAAAUCAUACUCCUAAAUAUUCUUAUUCAGGUCAAGUAGGAGGUUCUAAAAUCGGUAAAAGCAAUUUAUUAGAUAAAUUUUAUAUAAAAAGUAAUAAUCAGCAACGAACGUCAUCACAACAGAAGACAUCAUCGAAUGAUAAAACUAAUACAAAACAAAGAGUUAUAAAAUCUGUUCAAGGAAACACAAGUGCAAGUCAAAGUGAUGCUUUAAACCAAGAUGUCAGUGACCUUGUAAAUUGUCCUAUUUGUCAGGUUACUGUUUCUGUUAAUAUUAUUAACGAACAUUUAGAUUCGUGUUUAGAUAAUAAAGAUAAGAAAAAGUCAUAUGAUGUAAAAAAUACUCCACAACAUUGUAAUGUUGAUAGUCAAAUGGAUACUUCAUUAAUGGAAAAUACUAUCUUUAUUACUCCUAAACGGAGUAAUGUAAUGCAUACAUCAUCAACAAAACGACAAAAACUAGAAAAUUUACAUAAGUCCGACUUCACAGAUUGUCCAGUAUGCCAUAUCAGCUUUAAGAUUACAGAUAUUUAUAACCAUCUUGACACAUGUCUUCCAGAACAAUGUCUGUCAAAUUCAUCAUCUAAUACAAUAAUUAUUAAUAGUUCUUCAGAUUCUGAAUCACCUAAUAGUAUAUUUAUUGAUAGUCCUACUAUAAAGACAAACGCACAAUCUAAUUAUAGAAAAAAUAACACUAUACGUAAUAUUCAAAAAUGUUUAAUUUGUAAUGCAAUCAUUCCAUCUACAAUAUCAUUAAAUGAUCAUUUAGAAGAAUGUAUUGGAACAAUGUUUAAUGAUGAAUCUAUAUCAUGCAUUGAUAAUAACAAUGAUAAUUUAGAAGAAGUUCGUGCAACAGAUCAAAAGUAUCCUUGUCCUCUGUGCAUGGAAUUAUUUACAGAAAAUAUUAUGAAUGAACAUUUGGAUACAUGCCUUAAAUAAAAAUAUUUGUAAUUUAAUAGAUCUAAUAGAUAUAAUAGAUAUAUUGAAUUGAAAAUGAAGAUAUGAAAAAUAAUAUUCUGCUUAAUGAUAUUGCGAUAUUACAGAAGAUUAUAUAACAUUCAUAAAGAAAAGUACUUCUUUUAAUCAUAAAACUAUAUAUAAAAAAU